AUGAUUGAGGGAAUGGUGAAGGAUGGUGUUAUUGAACCUUCAUCUAGUCCAUGGUGUUCACCUGUGGUGCUGGUAAAGAAGAAAGACGGCAGCAUGCGGUUUUGUGUUGACUAUCGCCGCCUGAACGACGUUACAAAGAAGGACAGCUAUCCCUUGCCAAGAAUUGAUGACACGCUGGACAUGCUUACAGGCGUAAAGUGGUUUAGUACGCUAGAUCUGAAAAGUGGCUACUGGCAGGUUGAAAUUGACCCUAAGGACAAGGAGAAAACUGCAUUCUCCACAGGAAAGCGUCUGUGGCAAUUCAAAGUCAUGCCGUUUGGAUUGUGCAAUGCUCCAGCAACGUUUGAAAGGUUGAUGGAGCUUGUACUUACCGGGCUAAUUGGAGAUGCUUGUCUGGUCUAUUUGGAUGACAUCAUCAUCGUAGGCCGUACGUUUGAGGAGCACCUUCAAAACCUGGAACGCGUGCUCAUGAAGAUCCAGAGUGCCAACCUCAAGUUGAGUCCAAAGAAGUGCUCACUAUUCAAACGACAAGUUAGUUUUUUGGGGUAUGUAGUGUCGGAAGAAGGAAUCCGCACGGAUCCAGAGAAAAUUGCUGCUGUCAAGGAGUGGCCGGUCCCAAAAGACAAGACACAGGUUAGAGCAUUUUUGGGUUUGUGCUCUUAUUAUCGGCGAUUUGUGAAGAACUUUGCAGAUAUAGCCAAACCUCUGCACAAGCUAACCGAGGAGAAGCGACAUUUCUGCUGGGAUGAAAGUUGCGAUAUUGCAUUCCAGGAGCUCAAGAACCGUCUGUGCAAAACACCUAUUUUAGGGUACCCUGAUGCGGGCAAGGAAUUCAUAGUUGACACAGACGCAAGUGAUAUAGGACUUGGCGGAGUGUUGUCUCAACGGAAUGGUGAUCAAGAGAUUGUGAUAGCGUACUUCAGCAAGUCGUUGUCAAAGCCGGAAAGGAACUAUUGUGUCACAAGACGGGAAUUGCUUGCUGUGGUAAAGUCCUUGCAGCAUUUUAGCAAAUAUCUUCUAGGGCGGAAAUUCUACUUACGAACUGACCAUGCUGCACUGAAAUGGCUAUUGCAGUUCAAAAAUCCGGAAGGACAAGUUGCGAGGUGGAUUGAACUACUACAGGAAUACGACUUUGUGAUCGAACAUCGCAGCGGGAAAUCUCAUGGCAAUGCAGAUGCAUUAUCAAGAAGACCUUGCCCUGAAGAUUGCAAGCAUUGUACUAGGCAAGAGGGUAAAGAAGUGGUAUCUGCGAGGAUAUUCAGGACAGACCAGCUCAGCAAUGAAUGGAAGGACAGCCUACAACAUGCACAGCAGGAAGAUUCGGACAUUAAGCCGAUUCUGGAAUGGAUGAAGGCCAGUGCUCCUAAGCCCAAGUGGAGCGACGUCUCAGCAAUGAGUUCGACCACGAAAAGCUAUUGGGCCCAAUGGGACAGCUUGCUGAUUCAGGAUGGAGUCCUGUGCCGUAAAUGGGAAAAUAGUCGGGGAGACAGGUGUCAUUUGCAAAUGGUUGUCCCUAAGGCUAAAGUACCGGAUGUUCUCCAGCUGUACCAUAGUGGUUGUUCAGGAGGCCACCUGGGAGUUAAACGAACUCUACUGAAGAUCCGAGAACGGUUUUACUGGGUCCACUGUCGUGACGAUGUCGAGGACUGGUGCCGCAAAUGUACAAGUUGUGCGGCUGUAAAGGGACCUCAAAUUCGUAGUAGAGGCGCAUUGAAAUUGUACAAUGUUGGUGCACCAUGGGAGAGGAUAGCCAUUGACGUUGCAGGGCCGUUUCCGGAAAGUGAAAGUGGUAACAAGUAUUUCAUGGUUGUGAUGGAUUACUUUACUAAGUGGCCAGAAGUCUUCGCCAUUCCAAAUCAAGAAGCUUCAACAGUUGCAGAUAAACUAGUUCAUGAAGUCUUCUGUCGUUUUGGAGUACCUUUAGAGAUUCACAGCGAUCAAGGAAGGAAUUUUGAGUCUCAAAUAUUCCAAGAAACUUGCCGAGUUAUGGGUACUCAGAAAACACGAACAACUUCUUACCACCUGAUGCCCCACGCAGUAUAA